AGUCAUCCAAUCAUGUCUGGUCGCGGCAAACAAGGAGGCAAGGCUCGGGCUAAGGCCAAGACCCGAUCGUCCCGGGCCGGUCUGCAGUUCCCCGUCGGUCGUGUUUCACCGUCUGCUCCGGAAGGGCAACUAUGCCGAGCGGGUCGGGGCCGGAGCUCCCGUCUAUCUGGCCGCCGUCCUGGAGUAUCUGACGGCUGAGAUCCUGGAGCUGGCCGGCAACGCCGCCCGAGACAACAAGAAGACCCGCAUCAUCCCCCGACACCUCCAGCUGGCUGUCCGCAACGACGAGGAGCUCAACAAGCUGCUGGGCGGCGUCACCAUCGCCCAGGGAGGAGUCCUGCCCAACAUCCAGGCCGUGCUGCUGCCCAAGAAGACCGAGAGCCACAAGGCCGCCAAGAGCAAGUAA